AUGCCCCAGAAAGAGUACCACAACCAAGCCACGUGGGAGACUGGUGUGGCGUCCAUGAUGCAGAACAAGGUGUAUGACGUCUGUGAUGAAGGUCAUAGCGGCGUGAACCAGCUCGGUGGUGUAUUUGUUAACGGAAGACCGUUGCCGGACACAACCAGACAGAAAAUCGUUGAGCUUGCUCACAGCGGUGCGCGCCCGUGCGAUAUCUCCAGGAUCCUGCAGAUGCAUGUUGAUGCAAAAGUGGACAAUGAACACGUGUCGAACGGAUGCGUGAGCAAGAUCCUUGGCAGAUACUAUGAGACGGGCUCCAUCCGACCACGGGCCAUAGGAGGCAGUAAGCCACGGGUAGCCACGCCAGAAGUGGUCGGUAAAAUCGCACAGUACAAAAGGGAGUGCCCCUCAAUUUUCGCCUGGGAGAUUCGCGACAGACUUCUGUCAGACGCCGUGUGCACCAACGACAAUAUACCUAGCGUGUCGUCGAUAAACAGAGUCCUUCGCAACCUGGCUAGCGAGAAGCAACAGAUGGGUGCAGAUGGCAUGUACGACAAGCUGAGAAUGCUCAACGGACAGACGGGCACGUGGGGGACUCGCCCGGGGUGGUACCCUGGAACUUCUGUACCCGGGCAACCAAAUCAAGACGGUUGUCCACCGCAGGACGGCACAGGAGAAAACACCAACUCUAUCAGCUCUAACGGGGAGGACUCAGACGAAACCCAGUUGCGCCUACAGUUGAAGAGAAAGUUGCAGAGGAAUCGCACGUCAUUUACGCAAGAGCAGAUCGAAGCCCUGGAAAAAGAAUUUGAAAGAACUCAUUAUCCAGAUGUUUUCGCGAGGGAAAGAUUGGCAGCCAAAAUCGAUUUACCAGAGGCAAGAAUACAGGUGUGGUUCUCCAACAGGAGAGCGAAGUGGAGGCGUGAGGAGAAGCUGAGGAACCAGCGGCGGCAGGCCAGCGCCCCCUCCAACCACAUCCCAAUCAGCAGCAGCUUCAACACCAGCGUCUACCAGGCCAUCCCGCAGCCCACAACGCCAGUGUCUUUCACGUCAGGGUCCAUGCUGGGCAGACCAGACACAGCCCUCACAAACACGUACAGCGGCCUGCCACCCAUGCCCAGCUUCACUAUGGCAAACAACCUGCCUAUGCAACCCAGCCAGCCAUCCUCCUACUCCUGCAUGCUACCCACCAGUCCCUCUGUGAACGGGCGGAGCUAUGACACGUACACACCCCCUCAUAUGCAAGCGCACAUGAACAGCCAAUCAAUGACCACUUCUGGUACCACCUCAACAGGACUCAUCUCCCCAGGAGUAUCUGUCCCAGUCCAAGUUCCCGGCAGCGAGCCUGACAUGUCUCAGUACUGGUCAAGACUACAAUAAGGAGAAGAGCUACUUCUCCCUCUGACUCUGACUCUGACUCUCCUAAUCACGGCCUCCAAGGCAUCACCCUACUGUGCGCUCGCCCGCUCGCUCUCUCUCUGUCUCUCUCCGGCAGUAUUCUGUGUACAUGCCAGCAUGCACUCAAACACACAGACUGAUCACACACAGACUGAUCACAGACACGCACAGUCAGACACACACACACACACACUCACACACACACACACACACACACACUGGAAGGAGGACCUGCUGAAGACAGCCUUUGUUUUGGGAUUGUGCACUCUACUGUGACUUUGGAGUCGUGUAAACUUGAAAAGGACAAAAAGAAAAAACACACAAAGGCAAAACGGAGCGAGAUCUAAAAGUACUUGGACUGCCUUUCACGGAGCAGAGCAAACAAACGAACUAAAUCAAGCAUACAAACCCCUUUUUUCUCUCUCCUUUUUCCAUAUUUUUUGGUGUUAUUUCUGUAGUUCCAUUUAUAUGUUAUGGCAUAAACAUGAGAACAACAACUCUGGAUGGAAGGACGGACAGAUGGAUGGAUGGAAGGACACAGCCAGGACAUCUCCGUCCUUGGCCUUGCGCUAGCUAAUGUAACCUCUGUAACCCAACGUCUGGAAGCCGCUGAGAAACGGCUCCAUUGUGGCUCUGCAACAUGCCUAGCCUACGUAUAUCAACAACCUCCUCCAGACUCCUGCACAGACGCAUAUCGACCCAGUUACAGUGGAGGGACAGAGGGACAAACAGACAGACAGACAGACAGACAACGUUUGUUAGCCCAUGUACUGUAUCUCCACAAUGGAUUUCUACUCUGGAGGGAAAAAAAAUGGAAGAAAGAAAAAUAUGUUGGCAGAAGUUGUGUUGCUAUUUAAACUCACUCAUAUGGGCUUUUGUCCUUAUCGCUGGGGUUGCAUACAAAAAACUAUGUGCACGUACUGUAAGGACGAUGAAAUUGUCGAGUAAUAUCAGUUUUUUUCUGUGGGCUAAUAACAGGGCCCAGCUCAAGUUCAAGUUGUCUAAAUUUAGUCUGGAUACAUGUCUGCGCUGGGCAAUAACUUCUGAAAGAAAAUUAAUUUGAGAAGCGGGGGAAAGAUUGGUCAAUCUUAGACCUGGCAUUAAUAUAAUCCACCUCGUUUAUGUCCAAUUGUAAGUAUUUGUCUUCCCUAGGAAAUCUCCCUAAAUAAUUUCUACAAUAAAAAAGUUGAUUUCAUUUGUAUUGCCCCCAGAAUAUUCUAUACAUUUUAUACAAAUUUUCAUGCAUUGUAAAAUAAAACAAAAACAACCUUUCUUUAGGUAAGGUACAAGUUGUCUCUUAGAUAUAGUUGUAUUAUAGUGUCCUGCUGUCAAAAUAAUUUUGUGGAACUAGAAAUAUUUAAUUCCUAUAAUUAUGAUUACAAAUGCUUGACAGAGUUUAAACAUUAAGUGUUUGGCAGUUGUUUACAAGUACAUAUCAGAAUUAACCAUUGUUGAUUGUAAAAACAGACCAAAGCCUUUGUACUUCAUCUUUACGCGACAUUUUUUUGUUUUCGUUUUUAUAUAUAUAUUUGUCUUGUGUUGCAAGCAUUUUUGUAAGCAUUUGUUUUUUUCAUUCUCUUACAAUGGCUUCGAGUACAUUUUUGACUGUCAAUUAAUCACACAGUCCUUUAUUUAUAAUGGAAGAUGACCAUGUCUAUCAUGCGUUGCGUUUCUGCAUUGUGAUGUGUACCUGGGGCAAGGGUGUUGCGUCAGGUGGGGGGAAAAUUCUCUGUCAGUUCCAUGCUUUGGAUGGAAAUGAAAGAAAGGUCUUACACUGUCUCUCAAAAAAUAUUUCAAUUUUAAUUUUAUUUAAA